AUGAGGACGAAGGGUGCCUUCUGUUCUAUGGCUGUUAUGUUCAACAUCUGCGCUCUGGUAAAUGGAUGGCAACAGAGUGUUUCAGCGGACGGGGCCACUGGGCUCAAAGCAACUUCAUUGGCUCUAUCUACAGCGACUUAUAUGAUAUACCUACUCACUAUGAUUCUCCACGUCGAUUCAAUAAUAGGAUUCAUGGUGACAGUCCUCGGUUGGCUCGCCUCCGCGAUUAUUCUGUUCAGCCUCAUCGGCAUCGAGGUCCACCGGCAUCGGCAGGCCGAAGGCCACCAAGCUUUGGCAUAUACCCAAAACUUUUUCGCUGGGAUCAUAUCCGCUAGUCUCUACUUUUUGAUAGCACUCCUACUCUCAAUCUACAUGGUCAGCGUGAAGGUGUCCCCUUUAGGUCCAACAGACAGGCGAAAAGUCGAAUGUACAGCGAUCGUGCUCCGGGCUAGCACUUUGGGCAUUCUGCUUCUCGGUGGAGCCGCCGUAUACAGCACCAUUGAAGGCUGGUCGUUGAUAGAUGCUCUAUACUUCACUGAUUACACUCUCCUGACCAUCGGUAUUGGGAAUAUAUCCCCAAAGACUCAUCUAGGGCGCAGUCUGCUGUUUCCCUACGCCACUUUAGGGAUAAUUAGCUUGGCAUUUUUUAUAACCGCUGUGGCCUCUUUUACGGAUCAGAUGAGAGAGUUGAAGCUCAAGUGGAAGAUCGAGGAAACUCGAAGACAAGUUGAUAACGCAGAUUCUUCGGGUAACACCUUCGAUGCUCUCCCAACAGCUGAAGGAGACCAAUCACAAAUCCCUUCCGUCAGUCGCGUCAAUGGCGAAGAAAUCCUCAGAGCACGCAACGUGAAAUCUGCAUUCUAUCGAAGAAGGAGAUGGGCCGAGCUGGGGUUUUUCUUAGCUGCAUGGUUUAUUCUGUGGCUCGUGAGUGCGGCUAUUUUUUGCCAAUCUGAGAAAGAAAAUAAGUGGACCUAUUUCGUGGCUCUAUAUUUCACCUACACAUCCCUCACCACGAUUGGAUAUGGGGACUAUUUUCCCACGAGCAACUUCGGCAAGGUCUACUUCAUUUUCUGGUCAUUACUGGCCAUUCCAAUUCUAACAAAUCUGGUCAAGGCCAUAGGAAGUGUAUUUCACAUAUGGCUGAUUUUCUGCUCUACUUGGAUUUGGCGACAUGUAUUUCGUAGAGGGCGCGCCAUGCAGCAUCAUAACCAUGAACAUGUGUAUCGUUUAUUAGAUACAUCGGGCUUGAUUGCGACGAAGAAACCCGCGAAACCGUGGCCAGGGGAUUCUGAUCUCAAUACCGAGAGCCGGAUCCGGGGCUAUUCAGGCACCAGGCAAGGCUCGCCACCUGUGCAGGAUAACUAUACGCGAAGAGACUUACAUGGGGACGAGCAUUGUUGGAUCAUAUCUCGGAGAGCUUCGACGCACUAUCAGCUGUUACUUUCAGAAGAGAUCGGAAACCUCAUUUCUAUGACGAGGGGUGAACAUCUUGAACAUCAGGAAGAGCUCUGUUGCACAUGGUCCAGGGUCAUACCCCUGCUUCAGGCCAAGGAAGAUGCUGGUCGCCUGCCUGAGCUCACGCCACUGUUCGCAUCUGCAAAGUCUGAACACAUGACGAUGGGGAUGCUGAAGGACCCCAAGAAUGAAGCAUCAGAGAGGAAUGCUGAAAUCUCAUGGAUGCUAAACUUGUUAGUGGAGAGGCUUUCUUCAGAAUUGCGGAAGGAGCUUUCUGAGGUGGUUCAAUGA